GGACAGGGAUGGAGGGCCAGCCCCUCUCCUUCUCCUCCUCCGCCCCACCCCCACCCCACAAGUUUCCCGGGGCCACUUCUGCACUACUGCCAGGACCAGGAGCUCCGUGUGCUCUGAAUUGGAAGAAGAAGAAAAAAAAAAAAAGCCAGCUCUAAACAAAGAGCAGCCGGGUCCUCGCCCGCCCCGGGCCUGUGGGCGCGUCCCCGCCGCCGGCCAGUCUGCGUGAGAGGGGCGCACGGCAGCCUGCCGGGAGAGGCAGGAAGCUCGGGGACGGUAGACGGCUGUGGCCAGGACAGCGGCAGUCACCACUCCAGGCUCCUGAUCCUUCGCUACAUCCAGCCGGGCUGUUGUGGCCUGCCUGGCCCAGCUACCAUGGCACACUGCAAGACGGAGCAGGAUGAUUGGCUCCUGGCCCACCUGAAAUAUCUGCUCUUCAUCUUCAACUUCUUCUUCUGGGUAGGUGGGGCAGCUGUCAUGGCGGUGGGUAUCUGGACACUGGUGGAGAAGAGCGGCUACCUCAGCAUUUUGGCCUCCAGCACAUUCGCUGCCUCUGCCUACAUCCUCAUCUUCGCUGGUGCUCUGGUCAUGACAACUGGCUUCCUGGGCUUCGGGGCCAUCAUCCGGGAGCAGAAGAGCUGUCUCUCCACAUAUUUCUGCCUGUUGCUGGUCAUCUUCCUCGUGGAGCUGGUGGCAGGGGUCCUGGCGCAUGUGUACUAUCAGAGGCUGAGUGACGAGCUGAAGCAGCACCUGAACAGCACCCUGACCGAACGCUACGGGCAGCCGAGGGCCGCAGAGAUCACAGCCUCCAUGGACCGGCUGCAGCAGGACUUCAAAUGCUGCGGCAGUAACAGCUCAGCCGACUGGCAGCACAGCACGUACAUCUUGUCUCAGGAAGCCCAGGGGCGCCUGGUGCCCGACAGCUGCUGCAAGACAGUGGUGAUGCGCUGUGGCCAGCGGGCCCACCCCUCCAACAUCUACAAGGUAGAGGGAGGCUGCAUGGCCAAGCUGGAGCAGUUCCUGGCUGACCACCUGCUGCUCAUGGGCGCAGUGGGCAUCGGGGUGGCCUGUCUUCAGAUCUGCGGGAUGGUUCUCACCUGCUGCUUCCACCGAAGGCUCCAGCAACACUUUUACUAAAGGAGGCCCCUGUAGCCUGCUGACUACCCCGCACAAGGGCCCUCAUCCCCGCAUCCUGAACCAGGCCUGCAGAGUCAGCAGUUGGGCCGUGGACUGCCCCACCCUAUGCAGAGCCCACCAAGUGCCUGUGAUUGUGGCUCCUGCGCGUCCCACCUGGGCAGGGUCCUCGGCUCACUCCUCCUUUUAUUAGCACUCAUUCACCGCCAGGAUCCUUGGCAAGGGAUGGUCCUGGCAAGAGGCAGCCUGAGUCCUUUGCCAGGCAUGAAACACUGGACUACAGGAGAGCCAGAGCUCAGCUUCCUCUGUACCAUCUCGUUGCCUGAGUCUGGGAUAGAAGGCUGGCAGAUGGGUCCUUCCAAGACUCCUGUAGGACUUGGUGUGUGAUUCCCACUGGCACGGGAUCCCACCCAGCUCUCCACUUUGGGCAGACUGGGUUAGCUCACCCCUCCCAAAACCUAGCUGGUUUUCGGAUCUUCCCAUACAGUAGCUGGCCAUGCCCUUCCUGUGGGCCUAGGACAGGAGUAGUGUAAGAUGGGGCAGCUUAAGGCCAGGCUGUUGGAGCCACCAGGACAGGGCACGAAGGAGGCAGGUUGGUGACAGCAGGGUACAUGGCACCUUAGAGAGAGUCACCUGAUGAUCACGAGCCCCAGCCCCCAGGGAUAUGAUCUGUUCCAGGUCUUGACUCCCAGGACGCCAGGAUUAAAAUGUUAGUGAAUGUAAAACUCUUGCCCCGUGGACCACACCUUGGGCUGGUAAGUCAGAGCUGCCGAGGAGAGGGAGCUGUGAGGAGGGAGUUACUCUGCCUGUACCCCAGUUACUGGUUCCUUCAGGACGCCACUGUUUCCCGCCCACUGUGCUCUCUGCGUCCUUCUCCACUAUCCCGGACUCGACACCGUUCUCUCCUUUGCUUCUCUCCUUAGUCACUGAACAAAAUAGAGACUAUUCAGGAAGAACUCCCCAGGCGUCAAAGGAGACAGAAGAAAAUCCUAGAAAAAAAUGAAAGGUUAGGAGUAGGUAUCAACUCGGAGACAACCAUAGGGGAUCCCCUCUCCGGUGAUUAUUGCUUCGGGCAGCUUUGCACACCAGGACUCCAAUCCAGCUGCUGCUCCACAUGGGUUCUGCUCAUCUCUCCACAAUAACAAACCUCAGCUCCCCCGUGAACCAGUGGCAUCUUGUUGACCCAAACCGCUCAUGACUUGCCUUAUACCUGACCCAGUUCUUACCACAGAGCAUCCAGAUCCUGCUGAGCUGGGUCAGUUGUUGGGGAGAGAUGAGCUCCCAGUCGUUCAUGGUAGACUAAGGGUCACUGGUUGCAUCCACAGAGGGAACAUCAGGCUGUCAUCGGGCCAGCCUCCUCCACUCUGGGCUUCUCCAGGGGCUACAUGAAGCCCAGGCUUGCUUGUGUCAUCUUCCUGAAGGGCCCUGGGUUGUCUGUGCAAACUCAGAAAGAAGGAGACACUCCUAACAAUUCCAGAAGACACAUGGCCAAGGGACAAUCUUAGCUACCCUCUCUCUUCCCAGAUUCUUGCAGAUAUUCAAAGACUAGCUUCGAUCUCCAAGCUUAUAGACUCCAUAGACUCAUAUAGAGGGAGGAUUGAGGACAAAAAAGGUGUGGAGCCCAAACCAUGUUCUUCCUGAAGUGGUGCUGAAGGAAGCUAUAGUGUACAAAAGGACACUAUGGCCUCAGGCAUCCACUUUGGUAGACUCCCUCAAUCCUUGGGGAAAUGAGGACAGAGGCGACAAGUAGGUACCAUUUCUACAGCCUUGAUGCAGAGGUAGUCCAGGAGAGCAUGGCUCAUUGGCCUCAGUCUGAGCUGCAGAGUGAGUGGACAGCCCCAAAUGUGAUUUCCUUGAUCACAACAGCCUUGGUGACAAGAUAGGGUUAGAGGACAUGAAACACAUAGUAGGCCAGGUUUGGUCCAGCAGCUGCAAAGGCUGGAGCCAAGGAUGGAAUCUGUAGUGAGGUGUGUCCAGUGCUCAGGAUAUUUCUUCCUAUUUAGCCCUAGGGACAGGUCCCUAUUCAGAGGGUGUCACUCUGAGUUCCUUACAGAGACGGAAGGACAUACCUAUAGAAUGUCAUCCUCAGUCCUGAGUCGGCACAGACAUACUGGGGUCCCACACCAGGCCCUGAACUUAGCAUGGCUGAAGCCAGCAUAUCCUCACCCUGAGCAUGAGUCACCUUUCCCUAAGCUCAAAGUGGCUACCUCAGAAACACAGCUUGCCCCCAAAUGCCCCAGGUGGCCAGUGUUUGGGGAACAAGGGUGAACCCUAGUCUAUGAUAAGAAAAUGGGGUGUCUACAUACAUUUGUCCCUUCCCCCCCACAGCAGUGUGCCCCCACCUCCCACAGCACCUCUGACAUUGCUUCAGGGAUGUUCACUGAGGACCUGUAUGCCUCCUUCAAUAUGUUAGCCACAGUGACACCAAUGGGAUGUGCUAUAGUCCCCAUUCUGCAGAUGAAGAAACUAAGGCUUGGGCAAGUUGAACAUCAGUGGUGAUGGCUGUUGCCAUGGCACCAGCUAGGUGGACUCAAAGAAAGCAGGACUAGAAGCCCCUCUCCCCCCAGCACCAGCUGUCAGGUUGGCAUUCAAGAACAGAGUAUCCAAGGUGGUAUGGCCAAAGAGCGGCAGCCUUAACUCUCCAAGGUUGGAUGGAACCAUCCAGCAUGUCCAACACCAGCAGCUUCUUGCAUUCACAGUUGAAGCAGACACCUAUCUUAUUUUGGAGGCCACAGCUCCUAGAAAUGGUCCAGGCCACACUCAGGGGAGGGGGCAUUGUAGCCAUCAUAGUGAGAGCAGGAACUAUCUUUAGUGCUCUGCCUCCAUAUGGAUGGGAACCACACCAUGUGAAGAUCAUUGGCUGGGAUGUGAAAUGUCUCUCCCUGCCCCAUAAGGAGGUCAGGAGAGAAGCCCAGAUUAUAUCCACUCUUAGAGCCACCCCAGGUAUGGGGGUGCCCUGGCUGGUGAUGCUGAGCCUCCCCUUUAGGCAAGGACAUCUCUGUCUUCUUGCCCCCUCCCGCUCUGCUAUAUUAAACAUUUGUUAUAUCUGGGCUCUGGAGUGGACACAGGGUGACUUCUGUCUUGAGCUCUCUCAACCUUCGCAUGGCCGUAGAGGUUCAUAUUUGAAAGGUACAGGCUGUAGGGAGGAUGUGCAGCAGGUGAGUGUGAUGAGCCACUGUGAGCUCAGAAUCUGCCACUCCAGACAGCUUCCAAGGUUUUAAAGUCAAGGGAAUCGACGGAUCAGCUAGAACCCUUCCAGAUUUGGAAGUGCCCUCGGCCUAUUGGCUCUGCUGGGCUGGGGCAAAGAGGCAAGAGAAGGGGGGUGGCUGAAGCUGUUCAGAAGAAAAGCAGCCAUCUUUGUGACUGCCGGCUGGAGAGACGUGUCUUACACUUGCUCUCCCCUCAGCACCUCCAAAGGAGCCUUCAGAACAGGAUGCUACCUCCCAUAGCUGCUCUAAGGAAGGCCAGAUCCAAUAGCUGGCAUUCCUGAUAAGUUCCCAGGUGGUGGUGAUGCCACCGACUAGCAACCACACUAAACCACAGUGUGGACCCCACAAGGCCACUGCUACCUUCCUCAGAUGUCUGAACCCUCAAGGGUCAAAAGUCACUUCAGGCCAUUUGGCAUGAGUCACACGUGGAGCUGCUUGAGACUGUUCCCACUGGGUCCACAGAGAGGGUGAGGUGAGGCCAACACCUCAGUAGUUUACAACCAGGCAUACACAUGCCUGUUGGCAGGGCAUACCUGGCACUCCUGCCCCUACUGAGACUAUGACUUUGGCCAGUAGGCCAGAUGCCUGGGUCUUCUUCCUGGAAGGGGGCCCCUUAUAGUCCCAGAUCCCACCUUCUUUUGUGUGCCUUUGGGUGGCCCUGCUGCAUCCUGGUCACUCCAGCAUAUCUAGCAGGACAUCAAGCCUCCCUCACCCUUCCCCUCCUGCUUACAUACCUGUGAAGCCUGCUUCUACUCUAUGCCAGUACUGACAGAAAUUCCAGGGAGCCCAUUGUUAGGAGUCCAGGCGGGCUCCUGGAUCUAGCAGGCCCAUGGAUGUGAGAUAUCUGAUAUUCGACAAAGACAGAAGUUGCCUUAAACCUGCUUACAGCGAAACUUCAGAUGUGAGGUGCACCUCUCCACUGACCUCAACGUAAGCUCGCUGCCUUCGGCUAGCGGACUCCAUAAUAAAGGACUUACACCCAAGAGUGCCUCCUGGUGUUCU